AUGUCGAGGUGUUCAGGAGUCGGUUCAGAGGUGCGGCCGGGGUGGCUGACUUUCCGGGAACACAGGAGAGUGGUGAAGCCAGCGAUGGUGGGGUUCGUGGAAACGGAGGCAGGAAAACGACACGCAGCGUUCCCGGAAGCGGCACCUUCCAGUACGGUGGCGUCUCACUUGGUGUCAGGAGUGGAAGAGGGUUCGGCAUAUUUGGACCCAGAGGCAAUGCCCAUGGUGGGGUUGGGAGGGGUGUGGGUGGUACCAGAAGUGCAAGAGGAACCAGUAGGGUGGGGAUGGAGAGCGGCAGGCAAGAGGAUGCUAGUGGCAGGGCCCCUACAGGCGGGGUCGGAGUCUCCACCAGUGGCUUGGGUACCUCGGACGGUGGAUUGGGGACUCAUGAGAACAUGCCUGGGAGAGGCGCUGGACUCGGCAGAGGCGAGGGAGCUGGGCUUGGGGGCGUGGGACAGGGAGCGGGGAUGGGGUCUGGUCUGGGUGAUGUGGGACUUGGAGCGGGGAUGGGAUCUGGGAGGGGAGCCGGCCUUGGUGGCGCGGGACUGGGAGGCGGGAGGGGAGCCGGCCUUGGUGGCGCGGGACUGGGAGGCGGGAGGGGAGCCGGCCUUGGUGGCGCGGGACUGGGAGGCGGGAGGGGAGCCGGCGUUGGUGGCGUGGGAAUUGGAGAAGGGAGCGGAUCUGGUCAUGAUGGCGUGGGACUUGGAACAGGCGGGUGGUCUGGGCUUGGGGGCGUGCACCUUAGAACCGGAAGGGUUUAUGGGCUUGGGGGCGAGGGUGCUGGAGCUGGUCUUGGGGGCGUGGGACUUGGAGCCGGGACAUGAGCUGGCCUUGGGGGCGUGCACCUUGGAACCGGGAGGGAACUAG